UACAUCGCAACAAGUUAUAUGACUGUAACUUUCCUCACCGGGGCUCUGUUACAGUAACAUUAUUCUGUUACAUUAACAUUAUUCUGUUACAGUAACACUCGCCAUGGUGUCUGCACAUCAAUACGAACGGGGGGGGGGGGUACACACACACUUAAAGCUAAAAACAUAGACUAUGUGUGCACGUGCACGGCGAAUGAAAUUAACGCUCAAGAGAAAGAAAAUGAAAGAGAAAGAAAGUGAACGUUUUAAAAAAACCGCACAAACCGCAUACUUCCGACACACGGGUGACGGAGGAGGAAAGUUUGCGUGCACGAAGACCAGAAUUUAGAUGAAAAAAUGGACGAAUACGCACACCCGUUGUUCUUUGAAGCGAAACACCUGACAGACAGAGAAAAGGGUAAAAUCAGGAGGUACUUCCAGAAGAAAAGGGAUUCGGGUGGAGGAGUAUGCGGUGAGAUCGAAACGGCCGAUGGCGACGCCUAUAAACUCAGUUUCAUGGACAAAGAAGACCAGGAAAGAGUUUUGCAGAAGAAGUUUCACGACAUCUCUCUUCCUUCUGGGGAAGUGCGCCUGACACUGAGCCGAGCCCUUGCACCGCAGACCCCGGAGCAGCCGUCCUGUAGUGAUGCACAGGGAGCCAGUGCAGAGCCGCCACUACAGACGUUGGCGAAAGCAAACACAAAAAGCUAUGAGAAGAUUUUCAAGCUCGAUAUUUUCCUCCUGUAUUACCUGAGAGACAACCCUAAAGUAAACAAAGCCGUGGAGAAGCAACUCUCUUGUAUCAGCUGCACGAUGAAGUUGGAUUUUGACGAAGAGGAGGCAGUGGUUAUGGGGUGUAGUGAGAAGGUCCCCGGUGGAGCAGAUAAAUGGGAGAUGCAGGUGGAUCAGGUCUUUAUUGGUAUUUGUGAGAGCUACAUCUGCUAUCAUGUGAUGGACCCAAAACAAGCCAAAAUCCUACAGCAGGACCAAUCCUUCAUGACAGACGAUAUCAAAGUGUACAAAGAGAGCGGUUACGUUGUGGUUGUGGGACCGGCCGAGACUGUGAAUGAGAGGAUUUCAUUGCUGGACAAUAGCCCGCCCACUCGGAAGGAAUUACCAAUCGGGGAGAACCAGUUCAAUCUGGUAGAAGAAGAGUUCAGUCGAGAAAUGCGUGCGCAUUACCCAGAUGUGAAAUUCCUCAAAGGACUGGCCAUGCUCACCUUGGAGGGCCCCGACAAGGAGGUGCAGCUCGGGGCCGCGAAACUUGCCGAACUGAUCAAAAAGGUGGCGAAAAGGAGACUUAAGAUCUGCACGGCUUUAAUGAACUUCAUAACAUCCAGUAAUGUUAUCUCCAAGUACGAGAAUCGCUUCCUGCAGAGCCUCAGACAUCCUGUUUCCCUAGAGGCGGGGUCCGACCUGGUCCUGGCCAGCGUGUCCUCUGAUGCCCUAGAUGAGGCGGAGGCAGCGGUGCGGCGAGAACUGGUUGUGGUUGAUGUGCCGCUGCAGGGAGCCGCGCCUCCAGACCUGAAGGAAAUCCUCAACACGGCCAAGAACGAGGAAAACUCUCGAGAGCUCAGAGUGGACGUCGGCUUCAUUCCAGGACCCGGUGGAACCGCGGCCUCCGAAGUACGACUGGUGGGCUACAGUGAAAAUGUGGACAAGCUCAAAAAUGUUCUGCUCGACUACCAGACGAACCAAGCCGAGACACAAGUAACGGUGAGCCUACCGCAUCCUGAACUGCUCAACAGUUUUGAUGCAUUUCUAAACCUGAUUGGCUUUAAGCGGACCACGGUGACCCUCAAGACCUCCCCGUCCCCAUCCCGGUGUGUGCUUGUGUCAGGUCCCCGUGGUCUGGUCCAGGAGACCCAGGAGGCCCUAAACUCAAUUCUAGCCUCUCUGGUGUCAGACACGUUGGUUCUCGAUGGACCAGGGGCUCAACGGUACUUCCGAGCAGAGGGUAGAGUGAGCAAGGAGCUGGUGGAGACAUCCGGUGGGGUUCUGAUCAGGGAACAGCAAAGUGUGCAGUUGCCAAUUGUGGCAACUCAACCACAGAGCACCAGCAGCCCGAGCGGCUUCACCAGCAGCCCGAGCGGCUUCACCAGCAGCCCGAGCGGCUUCACCAGCAGCUUCACCAGCAGCCCGAGCGGCUUCACCAGCAGCCCGAGCGGCUUCACCAGCAGCCCGAGCGGCUUCACCAGCAGCCCGAGCAGCUUCACCAGCAGCCCGAGCGGCUUCACCAGCAGCCCGAGCGGCUUCACCAGCAGCCCGAGCAGCUUCACCAGCAGCCCGAGCAGCUUCACCAGCAGCCCGAGCAGCUUCACCAGCAGCCCGAGCAGCUUCACCAGCAGCCCGAGCGGCUUCACCAGCAGCUUCGCCAGCAGCACCGCGACCUUACCGCCCAAACCUGUACACGUCGCCGUCGGCAGUACUGGAGUCAACUCGACGAGAAUGGAAAUCAAGCUCGGCGAUUUGGCGGACGAGCAGGCCAAUGUGUUAGUGGUGCCCAUGCUCAAAGGGCAGCUAAAUUCUACUAAAAUUGGGUAUUGCCUGUUGACUAAAACCGGGAACGCAAUCCAGGCAAACUUUGACUCGGUGGCAGCGAACGGUACCGUCGUCCCUGGUGAUGUUCUGCAGGUCGCAGCGCCUCCAUCUCUGGGCUGUUCCAAGCUCUUCUUCAUUGAGUGCUCGCCGUGGGAUGGAGUCGGAGGGUCGAGUGUGCAGGUGCUUAGCUGUACGCUGAGGAGGUGUCUGGACCUUUGUGUACAGCAGGGCUUGACCUCGGUGGCCUUCCCCAUUAUCGGAUCUGGAAUUGUUUUUAAAUACCCGCUGAGAGAAGCCGUUCAAGUGCUGACCGACAGCAUUUGCCAGUUUGGAUUAACCGGAUCCUCUGGUUCUCUCUCCACCAUCCACAUCGUCAUCAAACCAGACUAUCCCGACUCUCAGGAGUGCUACAAUGAGGUCUACAGGCACCUCAGCGUAAAUAUGAACCAGGAUGGCCGAGCGAUCUUCAAGUCCCUCACCAGUGACCUCGACGACCUCACAUUGACAAUGGGUGGCGAGGUUAAACUGCAGCUGGUGUUUGGUAACAUCUCGAAUGAGACGACAGAUGCUGUGGUGAACACGACCGACUUCCUUAAUUUUAAGAACGACGGAGUGUGCAAAGACAUCUUAACCAGAGCUGGACCAGAGGUGGAGGCUGAACUCAGAGCAGCAAAUACGGCCCGAGGAGAGCUUUUUGUAUCCUCCCCUGGAUCGUUCCCCUGUUCAGCCAUUUUCCACGUCUGUGGUAAAAAGGAUGUCGUCCUCAUUGAAAAACUGAUGCGUACCAUCGUUGAUCAAUGUGAAACGUCGGGUUGCAAGUCUGUCGCCAUUCCUGCGAUCUGUGCCGGAGUCGGUGGGUUGGACCCCGGCGACGUGGCGGGUGCCAUCCUCCGAGGGGUCAUGGCGGCCUCUUCGUCCACUUCUCUUAGAUGUCUCACGGACGUCCGCGUCGUGGUGAAUAAAAUGAAUGUCUUCUUGGGCUUUAAAGAGGAAGCGACAAAAACGUUCCCCACUGCUGUAAACAACGGAGAUUUCCAUCGUUUUGUUGCAGUGUCAGCGCUUCAGUCGCCUCCUGGACGACCACAACAGCCCCCUUUGUCUGAGAGAGCGGAUCUAAGCGUCCUCUGUACCAACUCUGCAAGUCGGCAGUCCGUCUUCUUGUUCCUGGGUCUCUCCAGAGCUGACGUUGACGUUGCCAUGACAAAGCUGAAGGAUCUGUAUCACGCUCAGUGCUCCACUAAAACCUUCUCGCAGGAGGAGCUGGCGGGCCUCACCAUGGACGACAUGAAGAAUCUGAAGCAGCCGAUGGAGACCGAGGGUCUGUACGUGCAGAAGUCGGGCUGGGGCUUGACGGUGAGCGGGUUAAAAGACGGGGUCAACAAGAUGAUGCAGAUAAUUCACACCUCCCUGCGGAGCACCCUCAGAAGAGAGGUGAGAGUCAAGGAGGAGGACGAUCUGUUCACCCGUGUGACUUGGUGCAUCCUGGGACAUACCGGUAACUGGGAGAGUUUCCCCAAAGCAGCCAAUCACAAAUUGGAGAAUAAGGACGUGGCGGCAGGGAUAAUGGACGCACAGAGCACCCAGUGGUCCGUGGAUCUCCAGAGGAUGGAGGCCACAGAUCCAUUGACGAGACAGAGGGCGACGCUGAAGCGACUGGAGCAUCGCCUCGACUUCAGGUUCCCUCUGUACUGGGACAACAUGGCCGCCAAUCAACCCUUCACGAAGGUCGCUCUGCAGCCGCGCUCCGCAGAGUACCUAAACGUGGAGGAGCUCUUCAAACAAACUGCCCAGGAGACUGUGAUGAAGAUCGAGCGCUUGCAGGAUGUCCAUCAGCGACGCGCCUACGAAGUGCAGAAGAAUCAAAUCUCCGAUAAGAACACACGCCAGGGCGGAGCGGGUGAACUCCUUUUGUUCCACGGGACGACUGAGAAGAACUGCGACGCCAUCAUGAAAAACGGGUUCAACCGGCGCUAUUGCGGCCAGAACGCGACCGUGUACGGGGAGGGAACCUACUUUGCGGUGGAAGCCAAGUACUCGGCCCAGGUCUGCUACUCGAAGCCCGCUGCGGACGGCUCCCAGCUAAUGUUUGUGGUGCGAGUCCUGACCGGCCUGUACACUCUGGGUACGAGUGGGAUGAAGAUGCCCCCUCCUCGCAGUUCCCGGCUGUCCCACGACCUCUACGACAGCGUGGUGGACGACGUUGGCAACCCCAGCAUGUAUGUGGUGUUCCAUGACAACCAGGCGUACCCAGACUACCUCGUCACCUUCAAGUGACUCGGAGGAAAAAACGUGACGAUACGUUAUUGUUCGACGGAGCACGCUUGAGAGCAUUCAAUU